CCCCCUCCCCUGGCUCCCAGGGCCUCCUGUUUCCUGCCCUGGAGCGUGGGGCCGGGCCCCCCGAGUUCUCGCCCGCCCGCACCCAGGAGGCUGAGCCGCCCCCCCACCGAUACAGAGCGAAGGGGGGCACCCCUGGAUUCCUGCCCGGCCAUACGCCCAGGAGGCACAGACUGUUCGGGGUGCUGUGACUUUGCACCCGGCGACCCCACACGGUGUGUCUACGGAGCCGGGCGCAGGGGCCACUGCUAUAAUCCCAGCUUUUCCACCUCCAGCGACGGAACGAUGGCGACCAACCUAGGCGACCAGCGAUCUCCUGAAUGGGCUCCCCAGUACAAUCUAGGGAACAGCGCCACCCGGGAGAACAACAUGGAGGGGCCAGCGCAUGAGAACCCUGAGUGGGAGAAAGCCAGGCAGGCGCUGGCUAGUAUCAGCAAAGCCAAUGCUGCCUCUGGGACCAGCAAGGCCUCCAACAAUGGACCAGCUAAUACGCAGUAUGCAUCCCAGCAAGGAGACCCAAACGCGCUGCAGCAGUAUUACCAGUGGUACCAGCCGUACAACUUCGGAUAUCCCUACAAUUACUGUUACCCAAUGGUGAGCGAUUUACCCACUGCCCUGUGUUCGGGAUCUCUUGGCAAGAGCUGGGGUGGGGGGCAUCCCACCCGAGCCUACAGCUUCCCCGGCCAAUAUGGGGUCGCAGGGUCGUAUUCCUCUUCGGCAGCCCAGCAGCCGCCGGCUCCGGGCCAGCACCAAGGGAACAUGAAUCAGCCCCCAGUGCCUGGCAUGGAGGACGGCAUGGGCUACCCCAACCAGCAGCAGCAGAUGGCCGCCUCCAACCCACCUCAGCCACCUCCGCAGCAUGCCGGCCACCCCAUGGGCAGCAUGGGCCAGCAGCAGGGCAGCCCGUCCGGGAACCAGCACCUGCAGCAGAACUCGGGUGCCUCCUACAACCAGCAUGCCUACGCCGAGGGGCCCAAGCCCAAGAAGGGGCAGCAGCUGUGGAACCGCAUGAAACACGCCCCUGGAGCCGGCGGCCUGAAAUUCAACAUCCAGAAACGCCCCUUUGUGCUAACGAACCAGAACUUUGGUGCCUCAGACCAGCACAGCAACUUUGGGCCGCAGCAGAACUCGGAGAAACAUCACAACCAAGGCUCGUCGGCUGGCAAGCCGGAGGACUGGCCCCAGGACAUGAAGGAGUACGUGCAGCGCUGCUUCACCGCCUGCGAGUCGGAGGAGGACAAGGACCGGACGGAGAAGCUGCUGAAGGAGGUGCUGCAAGCCAGGCUGCAGGACGGCACGGCCUACACCAUCGACUGGAGCAGGGAGCCGCUGCCGGGCCUGGGCAGGGACAGCAUGGCGGAGAGCCCCAAGAAGAAGCGCUGGGAGGUGUCUUCUCUCCAUGCCCCCCGGGGCUCCGUGCCCUCCGGCCUGUCGCAGCAGCAGCAGCAGCAGCAGAGGGGCAGCGGGGCGGGCAGCGCGAUAGGCUCCCAGUCCCAGCGUGGGGGGGGCGGCGGGGCCGGGCGGGCCCGAGGCAGCAGCAGCUUCCCCACCAAAUUCGGGAACCGCAACGUCUUCAUGAAGGAGAACAGCUCGUCCUCCAGCGCCGGGUCCCGCUCCCGCUCGUCCUCGCGCUCGCCCGGCCGCCGCUUCCGGCGCAGCGAUUCCCAUUCGGACUCCGACAGCUCCUACUCGGGCAACGAGAGUCGUGUGGCCAACCGCAGGAACGUGCCGAAAAACCGGGGCCGAGGGGGACACAUGGAGCGGGGCCGGAUGAGGAUGCAGAGGGGUAAAAGGUACGGGCAGGAAGCGGGGAACGCCAUGGGCUACGAGGCCCCCGAGAGGGAGUUCAAGAAGCAGCGGCGGGCGGCCCGCUUCCAGCACGGCCACGCCAAGAAGCUGCGCCUGGAGCCCCUCAUCCUGUCCAUCAACAGCCUGGACCCCGCCGGCUCGGAGAGCCUGGACUGGAACGAGCUGAAGAUCCUGGGCACCUGUCAGGAGAUCACCAAGCACUACCUGCGGCUCACCUGCGCCCCGGACCCCUCCACCGUCCGGCCCGUCCCGGUGCUGAAGAAAUCCCUUUCCAUGGUGAAGUCGCACUGGAAGGAGAAGCAGGAUUACGCCUUUGCGUGCGAGCAGAUGAAAUCCAUCCGGCAGGAUCUCACGGUACAGGGCAUCCGCACGGAGUUCACGGUGGAGGUGUAUGAGACCCACGCCCGGAUAGCGCUGGAGAAGGUGAGGAGGAGCUGGGUUGCUGGAGGGACCUCUCCUGCAGACAUCACCACGGAGCUGGCCUACCUGACCAAGGAGCUGAAGGCAGACCCCUGCGUGGGCCACGCGCUGUCCUUGCGCGCCGCCUGGGCCCUGUCCAACUACCACCGCUUCUUUGGGCUCUACCGCCAGGCGCCGUGCAUGUCUGGCUACCUCAUCGACAAGUUCGCCGAGCGGGAGAGGAAGGCGGCCCUCAAAGCCAUGAUCAAAACUUUCCGCCCGGUGCUCCCCGUCUCCUACGUUCAGUCAGAGCUGGCCUUCGAGACGGCCGAGGAGUGCCAGCUCUUCCUGGCCGCUCUGGCUCUUGUGUACACAAGCAGCGACGCAUCCAAGAUUGACUGCAGGCAGAGCUUAGCAGUCCUGGCCAACUUCUAACCCAGCCCACUCCUCCAAACCCCCUCUAAUCGCAGCCAAAGGGUAAUGGGCUCCCCG